AUGGACUCGCCCAUCGUAGUAGCAGGUGGCGGUUGUGUCGGCCUAUUCCUCGCGCUCCUCCUCGUCCACUCGUCCCUCCCAAACCGCAUAAUCGUCAUCGAACCUCAGCAACCAGACCUAUCCUCCACCCGCGCAAUGGCCCACCAACCGCCCACGUUCCCUCUCUUCGCUCAGAUACCAGGAUUACUCCCUGAACUCAUCGCUGCCGGCAGCCUCAGCUCUGGACUGUGCUUCCGCACCAGUGUGCAGAACGGGAGCAAAGUGAUUGCGAGCAAGACAUUCCAGAAUGACGGGGAGGGGAUAAAGGGGAAAGGCCAGUUACUCCUGCCGCAAGGCAAGUUUCAACAAGUGCUUAUGGGAAGAUUGGCGAAGAGCGAUGGCCGCGCGGAAGUCCGGCUUGGGUGGAGCGUCAAAGGGUUCUCACAGUCGGAUUCGCACGUCAGUGUAAGGAUAGGUUCCACAUCUACUUCUACCGAGACGGAGGAGAUAGACGCGAGCUACCUCAUCGGCGCAGAUGGUGCGCACUCCCUUGUCUGCAAAGCUAUGGGCCUCAAGCUGGAGGGCGAAACGCUGGACGCGCAGCUCGUGGCCACCGACUUACGCUUCCCGUUCAAAGACCACGGUUUCUUCGAUGCGAACUUCAUCGUUGAUCCCGAGAAUUACGGACUCAUUGGUAGGAUCGAUAACGAGGGGUUAUGGCGCGUUAGCUACGGGGUACCCGGGAGUCAGAGCGAGGACGAGAUCAGGAAGAACGUCGGGCACAGAUUGAGGGGUAUGCUUCCGAACGGUGGUUUCAACGAGCGUGGUGAAGACGCAUUCGAGGUCGUGCGUGUCGCGCCGUACAGGGCGCAGCAGAGGUGUGCAUCCACACUAGCACAGGGGAGAGUGCUAUUAGUUGGAGACGCGGCACAUUUGACGAACCCUUACGCGGGCCUCGGCCUCGCCUCCGGCAUCGCGGACGCGGACUCUCUUGCGCCAGUCCUCGCGCACAUACUUUCUGGCAAAACGGCGUCCCCUUCCACACUCCUGAAAUCCUGGUCUGCAGCUCGGCGACAGAAGUUCUUUGAUGUCGUCGACAAGCCGAGUCGGGCGGCGUACAAGCGGGUUAGGACCAAGGCUGAUAACGAGGACGAUGUGAGGUUACUUUUGGAGAGGGAUCCGAUGGUUAAGGCGCUGAAGAGUGGGAUGCCGGUUAUGCCACCGAGUUUGAGAACGGUUGGGGAAGAGAUGGAGGGGUGGUAG